GAGCUGCUCCUCCGGCGCCGUGCGCGUGCGCGCCCCCCGCCUCCGCAGUGGUACGGCCGCAGCCUCCCUCCCGCUGCCCGGCAGUGGUUGGUGCCGCCGGGCGCAGGCGCAGAGCGGCGGCAGAUGGCGGCCGCCCGGCCGAGGGCGGCUGUUGUUGGAGCUGCGGCGGGUUGGGCCUCUAGGGCCGGGUCGAGCCGAGUGCGCCCGGGCGGCCGGGGAAGGAGGCGUUCCGCUCGGGGCAGUCUCGGAGCCUGGAAGGACCUGCCCGCCAUCGCGGGAAGCGUUGUGGGUGAGGAGCAGCGGGUGUGAACGAGAUGGAAGAAGAGUUCAUGGUUUCUGGUUUGCAUAACGGCAGAGGCAAAGUAGCUUAAAGGAGACACUAGUGCAAGUGAGAAGUGUCAAGCCCCUUGCAAGGCUUGGCUCUGUAAAAGUAGAAGAAAUGAAUCCUACAAAUGGUGAUCCAGUGUUUGAGACCAUUUUUGACUGGGACUAUCUCUCAUGGGAAGUUCGUUUGACAUUUUUAGCUGCUGGUUUUUUAAUCUACUUGGGAGUAUUUCUUCUGUCUCACUGGUUGUCUUCAUGGAUAAGCACCACUUACCGUGCCUUAUAUGCAAAGGAGAAGGUGUUUUGGAACAUGGCAGUCACACGUGGUGUGUUUGGACUUCAGAGCUGUGUUGCAGGGCUAUGGGCUUUGCUCAUAGAUCCUGUUUUUCAUGCUGACAAAGUGUAUUCACAGCAAAAGUGGAGUUGGUUUAACUGUUUAAUAGCUGCUGGAUUUUUCUUGCUUGAAAAUGUAGCUGUUCACGUGUCCAACGUUAUUUUUAGAACAUUUGAUGUGUUCUUGGUAGUUCAUCACUUGCUUGCUUUUGGUGGCUUAGCUGGUCUAGUAAUUAAUGUGAAGUCUGGACAUUACCUGCCUUUGAUGGGGAUGUUGCUGGAGAUGAGUACUCCCUCAACAUGCAUUUCCUGGAUGCUUCUGAAGGCUGGCUGUGCUAACACCUUUUUCUGGAAGGCAAACCAGUGGGUGAUGAUCCACCUGUUUCACUGCCGCAUGAUUCUCACUUACCACAUGUGGUGGGUGUGCAUUUUCAAUUGGAAUUCUGUGGUAGAAAACCUGGGACUUCUUCAUUUUAUUGUCUUAUUUUCGGGACUGUUUGCUGUUACACUAAUACUUAACCCAUACUGGACGUACAAAAAAACGCAGCAACUCCUCAGCCCAACUGACUGGAACUUUGAAACUAAAGCAGCAGAAAAUGGAAAAUUAAAUGGAGAAACACUUCAAAAGAAGAGGCUAUAACACCAAAACAGUAGGUUAGCAGAAGAAUACAAUGCAACGUAAUUCUUUGCCGGUGAACUAGGAGGUUUUGCAAGAAGCUUAUUAACACAAUGAUUCCUUGCUUGUAGCAUUCUAUAAGCACCAGUAAUAUUUACAACUGUUGUUUGUAUUUCAUCUGUGCAUGCACAUAAGACCUUCAGCCACUUAGUUAUGAAUUACACCAACAAGUUUGUCAGGUUGGACAGUAUCUCAUGAUUUAGGAGGGGCGCACUGUCUAAUGGCAUCCUUUGUCCUAGUACUUCAAAGUCUCUUUACAGUUAAUUUAUCUUACAUUAAGCUUAGCUUGAAUCAAGUUUAGCUUGAAUCCUAUUUCACAUAUGUCAGAGAUACUGGUACUGGAAAUUAUGUGAAGUUGUUGAUUAAGACCAAUUAUGACCCAGGUUAGGUAUGCAUGUGUGCCUAGUUCCUGUGUGCUAUUAAAUCAUUCCAAGUAGCUGAAGUGGUCAGUGGUAAAAUGCAGUCAUAAGCUGGUAUUUGGUUUGUUGUUGGUGUUUUUUUUAAUUUUAUUUUGGUUGUUGGGGUUUGAUUUGAGAUGUUUUUAUUUUCCUUUUAAGUGCAUUUGAGGAAGAGAAUUGUGUUCACUGUCACAGUGAGUUGUAAUUUCCAGGUUGUCCUCAAUAUGGGGGGAGUUCAUAUUCACCACAAACGCAUGUGCAUAUGAGGAUGCAGGCAUUUGUUACACUGGUGGUCUAGCUGAGGCAAUCAUAGAGAUCCCUUGUGGACUUGAAAUCAGUGUAAUGCAAGAGACAAAGCAGAAUGUUUGACUCUGUUUUGUACUUGGAAAGCUAGCUGGUUAAUUAGUUAAAUUAUUUUCUUUAUAGGUCCCACAUGAGCAGGCAUGCUUAUGGCCUCGUGUUUUGGAAAUUCUCUUAGUUAUAGAGGGUUUGGGACUCUGAGGUGGUGCCCUUGUAGACAAAAGCCCAUCUUGCCUCUUCUAGGAGUUCAGCGGUUCUUUUAGUAAAAUAAUGACUAAUGAUUUUUAUUUUGCUUUGAAGAACUUAAAAAGUGAUGCUAACAGUCCUUUGCACCUUAUCUGCCACAUCACUAAGUCUGUCAUUGGUUUAAGGCAUUGGGUAGGUUUUUAGACAGGGAUGUGCAAAGUGUGGUGAACGCACUCUCAGUAGUAGUGUUGGUCCUGUCCUGCAGGGUGAAAUGUUGGACAGCCGAUGAAGGUAUUAAAGAUCAGGAUAGAAGAGGGUGACGCCUAGUGGCUGGAGAAUGACAAAGAUACUAAUUUGUUUUGACUCAUUGAACUAGUGAAAUUAAAAGGCUGUCAUUUGAAACUUCGUUAUAUAGUGUGACCUGACUGCUGCCCAGAUUUAAGUUCCGAAGUAGUAACACUGGACAAGCCCAAGCUAUGAAAGAUUUUAGGUCAAGGCACGUGGUAGAGACUUUGUGUACUGAUCUGUGCUGGAACUUAGUGUUUUAAAUGCAUAAGGGAAGCCCUAUUUGGUGUAAACAUCCCCGUUCUGCUAAUGUUGAGUGGGGAUGUUUUUUAAUUGUGUUCUCUGUGAAGGGAGGAGGCAAGUGAUCAGGUUGCUAUGUUCCUUAAUUCAUUUUCUAUGAACACAGAGUUGGUUGGAAGAGCUGCUCUAAGGGAGAGGAAGAUUCCUCCUAUUAGGUCACAAAUGUGCAGCCAGAUACUGUUGGUAAUGAUAAAGUGAAAUUGCCCAUUCAAAGCCAGGCUGAGAGGGUCAUAGUAAUUUUACACAGCAACUCUGUUAUAUACAGUAGAGGAAACCUAAAUGUUUUGUGCUAUCUUCUUACUUCUGAGCAGGCCACAAUGAGGUUGCAGUGUUUCAGCAGUGUAGCCUGUCUAGAUGCCAUCCUAUAAGAGCAGGGUUCUCUAAAGUUUGAAAUUAUGUACCUCUCCUGAGGGAUUUUGCGUGGAAGAGCAAUGGUAAAAGUAAUUUUGAGAGAAAGGAGAGAGAUUAGUGUCUCAGAAACAGUAUCCAAAUAAGUGAUCCAGAUGCAUAUCAUGAAGAAUCCAAACCUCAGUUGCAGGAGUUCCAGAGGAGGAUGUGGAAGAUAUGUCACCAGAUAUCAGAAUGAUAGUGUGUUCUGUGCAGCUCAAGACUUUAAGGUUUGAAUUUGAUAAAAUUGGGUAGUAAUUAUAAAAAUCCCAGAUAAGAGAAUUCUGAAAAAUCAGUGACGAGAAUGGAAGCAUCAAAAGAGAAAUAAGUUUGAGAGAAGUGUGUGAUUGUUAGGGUGGCUGGCUGGGAAAAGGUAUUUUUUUUGUGCUAAAAUAAAAGAAUAUGGAGCACUGAAUUAGUAGGGGGUGAAUAACAGAGAUUAGAUGUGGUCCCAGCAGACAGGUGGAUAAUUACAUCAGUGACUUCUACAGUUUAACAUCUCCUAUUAUUAAAUGCUAAUGUGAAGCAGAUUGAAAAUCUCUCAUUAUUUUUGUCAUAAUACCGCAUUCUUUGUAGUAUGCAUCUUAAUGUGAACUCUUUCAUGUAAAGACCCAUGACAUAUCUUGAAAAUCUUUUGUUUCUCUUAAAUAUGUAAUACCUAAGAGUAUUACUACACCUGUAUUUAUUAUUAAUAACACUUGUUAACCUGAAUACUGCUAUAACUGCUAGAACAAGAGCUGUAUGCAGUAAAGCAAAUAACAGCACUCCUGUUGUUGCUGUUGGUUUUAGACAUGAGGGAGUUUUACAGUCCAGUUAGAAAUACAACAGGACAUAAAAAUACAGACAACCUUUCUUCAUCUUGAUGACUUAGGGUUGGAGUUACCGGUUCUGUUACACAUAACUCCUUUUUCUUCAAACUCAAGUGUUUUCUUCACUGCCUUCUGGGUGUUCCCUUCAAGAGGAUUUUCUGGUUUAUGAUUGUGGGUGAGUGUCCCUUUGCUCUGAAACAAGACUGAAAAAAAGUUCUGUAAUUGAGGAUUUUGUUUUCUCUUUACUGUUAUAACUAAGUGCUGCUUUUCAACUCAAAGGUAGACUAGUUAUAGUUUGUUUCUAUUUUUUCUUUCACAUGAAACUAACCCCAGCCCUGUUGGGCCUCUCUUACAAGGCAUCACACGCAAUCUGAUGCAGAAAAAUUCAGUCAGUUUCAGUAAUGUCUGGAUCAGGUCACAGGCUAUGCUGCUGCCAUGGUUUGGUAAAUUCUUGCCUAUGUUUGGGGUUAUAUUUUGUUUGCCUAGGUGACUGCUAGAGACUUAAUCCUGCUUUCGUGUAGGACAAGCAUGCUCAAGGAGUACCCUUCAUCAGACUUAACAAAUUGUAACUGGGAAUGGGGGAAGCAGGUGGUUUGCUUUGUUUAGCUUUUUAACAGACAUCUGGUUAUUACACCAUUCCUAAAUCACAGUUUGUUGUUUUGGCUCUGUUUCUGUCCUGUCUUAUUUUUUUUCCCAGGACUUGUUGUCAUUUCCCUUCUCACCCACUGACUUUUCUAUAAUAUUUACUAUUACUUGCAGCACUGGUCAUGGUUUUGCAGUGGUCAUGUCACCACAGUGAUGUCUUUGUCUAAUCGUUUUCCUGGUGGGCCCUUCUUCCACUAAAUACUCAUGUCCAAAUCUUUCAGUUGUUUUUUUUUUGUUGUUUUUUUUUCCCCUAAUGAAACUGAUUAAAUUUUGCUGCCCUGUCCAGUCACAAGACAUGUUUCUUAACCUCAGGGAGACGCCCACCUAAAGUAAAAUUAGAAGUGCUAGGCAAAUUCAAGUCUGCUCUUGUACAAUAUGUUUGUUGAAUGGUACAGCAUCUUUAUACUGUGUACAUAAAUAAAACUAUUUUAUUGACUAA